AUCCGUAACUUCAGGAAAUGACAACUUAAAAUAUAUUAACGUUAAACUAUUUUACUUUUUUAAUUCACGUUUCUUUUCGGGGUAACGCGGAGAUAUACAACAACUUCGCUGGAUAACAGAGGUUUUGCUAAUAAAUAUGGCAUCAAAGUUAAGUAUAGACCAUGAGGCGAUUCCAGUAACAGCUUUAAACUGCAGUUUCCGAAAGAAACUGGGUCUGUUCCUAAACCCAACAAACACUGUGGCGGCAGACUGGAGGACAGUGGCAGAACUGAUGGACUUCACGUACCUGGAGAUCAAAAACUUCGAGAAAAGAGAAUGUCCCUUUGAAAAGGUCUUGACGGACUGGGAAACUCGUCCAGACGCCACAGUAGCGAAUUUACUGUCGAUUUUAGAAAAAGCUGAAAGGAAAGAUGUCAUAUCCGAGCUCAAAGAAAUUUUAGAUGACGACUGCAGGAAGUACAUGGAAAGACAACAGAGGAAACCGCUUCAGGUUCCAGUGGUGGACAGUUGUGGACCUCGAACACAGGAGAGAGAAGGAAUCACGCUUUAUGAUGAUCCACAGGGACUGACACCUGAGACCUUUGAUGCUUUCAUCUGCUACUGUCAGAGUGACAUUCAGUUUGUCCACGAGAUGAUCAAACAGUUGGAACACACCGAAUACAACCUGAAGCUUUGUGUGUUUGACAGAGACGUCCUUCCUGGCACAUGCGUGUGGACCAUCGCCAGUGAGCUUAUCGAAAAAAGGUGUAAGAGGAUGGUGGUGGUCAUCUCUGAUGAUUAUCUGGAUAGUGAUGCCUGUGAUUUUCAGACUAAGUUUGCGCUCAGUCUUUGCCCAGGAGCUCGCACUAAACGGCUAAUCCCUGUCGUCUACAAAUCCAUGAAGAGGCCGUUUCCCAGCAUUCUGCGCUUUCUGACCAUCUGUGAUUACAGCAAACCCUGCACACAGGUCUGGUUCUGGACUCGACUGGCCAAAGCACUCUCACUGCCCUAAUCUGCUGUGCUGAAGACUCAGCAUCACACAAACACACUCUUCUUUACGAAGAGGAAGGACUUGCUAUUGGGAGAGUUUCAGUAUUGAGUCAACAUUUUCAAACAGGUACUUUUUAUAGUGUUCAGGACAGAUACAUCUGCACAAAUCAAAACAUCACUCAGCUUUCCAGAGUAAAUAGUUUCUAAUCAUUUGUGAUCUUGUUUUACAUUUAGUUCUUGUUACACUGGCUAUUUUUGUGUAUUAUAAAAUUUUGAUGUUGAAUAUACUGUAUAUUGUGGGAAUUAUGUGUGCUCUGCUAUUUACUGUGUACAUCUGAUUAUAUUGAGAAGGUAAAUACAGAUUCACAGAUGAA